AUGGGCGAAAAACCAGCUACCCGAGCAUCAUCACAUUUUAUUGGAGGCUUUUGUGGAGGUCUAGUAUCUGCGGUUUCUCUACAACCGUUUGAUCUUGUAAAAACUAGAUUACAGCAAGAUUCAAGCGGUGGAUUAAUCAAAGUUGUGAAAGCUCUAGGCCAUCCAAAAGAGUUAUGGCGCGGUACGAUUCCUUCUGCUUUAAGAACAUCUAUUGGUAGUGCUCUAUAUUUAUCCUGUUUAAACUCAAUUAGAACGUCGCUAGCCAAUAAGAACCAUGAGGUUGGUGUCAAUAAAAGUAGUCGUUUACCUCAAUUGAGUAUGAGUGAGAAUCUAUUCACGGGUGCCAUAUCUAGAGGGGUAGUUGGUUAUGUUACAAUGCCUAUUACAGUUAUUAAGGUUCGGUAUGAAUCGACAAUGUUUAAUUAUAACAGCUUGGGAGAUGCCAUUAAGCAUAUAACAAAAACGGAGGGUUUACGAGGGUUUUUUAAAGGAUAUGGAGCUACUUGUCUGAGAGAUACUCCCUAUUCAGGAUUAUACGUUUUAUUAUAUGAGAAAUCGAAACAAAUGUUACCAAUAGUGAUGCCUACAAAAUUUGUUUCUUAUGAUCAGACAGGAAAUUUCACAACUUCAACCUCUACGCUGAUUAAUGCCAUUAGUGCUACUACUUCAGCAAGUUUAGCAACCACAAUUACUGCACCAUUUGAUACUGUUAAGACAAGAAUGCAAUUGGAACCCUCCAAAUUUAAAAAUUUUUAUAAAACAUUAUUUUUUAUUACUUGGAAUGAAAAAUUUAUUAACUUAUUUAGCGGAUUAAGCAUGAGAUUAACUAGAAAGUCGUUAAGUGCUGGGAUAGCUUGGGGUAUUUAUGAAGAGUUGAUUAAAAAAAUAAUGUAA